UUAUGGUCAAGGUUAGGGGUAAUGCUUUGUUUAGUCUGUCCAAAAUAGCAAAAUAGCUGCACAAUCCUGUGUGUGUGUGUGUGUGUGUGUGCGUGUGUGUGUGUGAUGUUGUUGAGGUCAGGUGUUGAAGACCAGCUGCCUAAAAAUAUCAUCUUAAACACAGAGUCCCGAGAAAGCAGUUACCAUUCAAGAUGUGUAUUUUAGCCUUCAUGAUCACUGCCGGCAGACGUCUAUACACAUGCACACACAACUACUACGACACACACAUACAUGUCCACUGAGGAAAAAGUGGAGGCUCUGCUCUGUGACCGGCCUCAAAAAAAGGAUAAGACAACUUUGGACGGUAACAAGAACAGAGGAAGUGAGACAUGUCCUCCUGUGUGGUGAGGUCCAGGAAUAAAAACCCAUACACGGCGGUGCAGGUGGACCCCGACAGUGACUACAUCACACCAGGAACAUUAGACCUGGAGCAGCUGUUUUGGACUGGCAGCAUGGCUCCAUAUGCUCAUUUCAACCAGGUGUGGCCCAGUGUGUACAUCGGGGAUGAGAAAACAGCUUUGGAACGGCCUGGCCUGAGAGAACUGGGUAUCACACAUGUGCUAAAUGCUGCAGAGGGGAAGUGGAAUAACGUGCUGACUGGUGCUGAUUACUACAGCGACAUGCAGAUCCAGUACUAUGGUGUGGAGGCUGAUGACAAACCCACCUUUAACAUCUCCCAGUACUUCUGCCCUGCAGCCCAGUUCAUCCACGAGGCCCUCAGUCACCCACAGAAUAAGGUGAUGGUGCACUGUGUGAUGGGUCGGAGCAGAUCGGCGACCCUGGUCUUGGCGUAUCUGAUGAUGAAACACAGAUUGACCGUCGUGGACGCCAUUGAGCAUGUGCGGCAGCGCCGUUGUGUCCUGCCCAACCAUGGGUUCCUGAAACAGCUCAGAGCUCUGGACAUCAGUUUACAAGAGGAGAAGCUCAGAGAAAAACAAAACAAGCAAGACCAAAACAUUACACAAGAUUUUAUUUAA